CUGUCCCAUUUCCUCCAAGUCACCGGCUCACAGCUAAGGAAGUGUUUGAUAAUGAUGGAAAACCCCGUGUGGAUAUCUUAAAGGCACACCUUAUGAAAGAAGGGAGACUGGAAGAGAGCGUUGCUUUGAGAAUAAUAACAGAGGGAGCUUCAAUUCUCCGCCAGGAAAAAAAUUUGCUGGACAUAGAUGCGCCAGUCACAGUUUGUGGAGACAUCCAUGGUCAGUUCUUUGACCUGAUGAAACUGUUUGAAGUGGGAGGUUCUCCUGCCAACACGCGGUAUCUCUUCCUGGGGGACUACGUGGACAGAGGGUACUUCAGCAUUGAAUGUGUGCUGUACUUGUGGGCCUUGAAAAUCCUUUACCCCAAAACACUGUUUUUACUUCGUGGGAAUCAUGAAUGUAGACAUUUAACAGAGUAUUUCACAUUUAAGCAAGAAU